UACCUGUCUCACUCACACCCGUCAGUUUUUAUUGUGAAAUUGUGCGUAAAAAUUGUUGUUUGUAAAAAUGUUAUUUUUCUGAAUAAAAAACAAUAAAAUGACCAUCAUGAGGACUUUCUUCCGUGCCCUGACUAUCCAGCUACCGCUCAAGCACUACAUCAGGGGCUGUCAUACUGCGGAUGCGGUACGAGUUCGAUUCGCCCCGAGCCCGACAGGAUUCCUCCACCUUGGUGGCCUCCGGACUGCCCUGUACAACUACUUAUUCGCCAAAGCGCAUCAGGGAACGUUUAUCGUGCGAAUUGAGGACACAGAUCAGACGCGGAUUGUCGAAGGAGCAACUGAGCGGCUCCUAGGGGACCUAGAAUGGGCAGGAUUGCUCCCAGAUGAGAGCCCAUUGAAGGAUGGAGAGUAUGGCCCAUACAUUCAGAGCCAACGCCUUGAAAUCUACCACAGAGAAGUGAAAAAACUCCUGGACAAUGGAACGGCUUACUAUUGUUUCUGUUCCGAGAGGCGCUUGGAGCUUCUCCGGAAGGAAGCUCUCCGGUUGCGUCAGGUGCCCAAGUAUGACAAUCGCUGUCGUCACCUAACCCCUGGGCAGAUUGCUAAGAAACUCGCGGCAAAGGAUACAUUUUGCAUCAGAUUCAAACUCAGGGAAUCCGAUGAGGGUUUCCGGGACAUGGUUUAUGGGGAUUUGACGUACAAUGUGGCUCUCAAUGAGGGAGAUCCGGUGAUUGUAAAGUCCGACGGUUACCCUACGUACCAUUUUGCCAAUGUUGUCGAUGAUCAUCUCAUGAAAAUCACGCAUGUUCUACGAGGAGUUGAAUGGCAGGUUUCCACGACAAAGCACCUCCUGAUGUACAGGGCAUUUGGUUGGGAACCACCUACAUUUGCCCACCUCCCUCUCAUCAUGAAUGCCGAUGGGUCGAAGCUGAGUAAGCGUCAGGGAGACAUUCAAAUAGACUACUACCGGAAGCAGGGAAUCCUCCCUUCCGCUCUCAUUAACUACAUCAUCCAAGCUGGAGGAGGAUUUGACAUAGAUCCCGCGGAAAAGCUCCGGGUUUACCCAAUGAAGGAGCUCGUGGAGAAAUUUGACAUUUCCCGCGUUAAUUCUCACUCAUCCCGCCUCAAUCCUGACCAUUUCAAUGAUCUCAAUCGCUGGGAGAUCAAGAGGCACGUUGAAGAUCCCGAACUCUGCCCCAAAGUCAUCGACAAUCUCCGCCAGAUGAUCCAGGAAGCCUACCCAAAUCACAAUCUCGAUCUCAGCGCCGAUCACAUCCGGACUGUCCUCCAGUGGGCCUCCAGCACUUCCAACCGCCUAACAACCCUCAAUCAGCUCGUUGAGGGUAAUCUGGCCUUCCUCUGGAUCGUCCCGAAGCUCACCAAGACCGAACUAACCCCCCAAAUUCUCGAUGAGCUCAUCACGCGGCUUGAGAGUGAGAAUUUCACGCGAGAAAAUCUCCAGAGUCUCCUCAAGGAAUUCUCCACCCGAAACAAUCUCACCUUUGGCAACUUUAUGCGCUCCCUCCGGACAAUGCUGAGCGGUCUCAAGGAGGGUCCGGGAGUGGCUGAAAUGAUGGAGAUUCUCGGGAAGAAGAGCACCAUUCAGCGCAUUUUAGUUUUGAGAAAGAAAACCUAAUUUACCAGCUAAAUGUAUUUAUUUCUUGGGAUUAAUACACGAGAUUAAUUAUA